AUGAGAUUCGUUCCUGCUGCUGCAGUGGCGCUGCCAGUAUUGGCGGCGCACGCUGCGCCCCUUGCUGAGCCUACUUGCAGCAACACUGAUGUGGUUAUCUUGGGAGCAGGUGUUGCCGGUCUUACCGCCGCACAAACCCUCUUAGACAAAGGUGUCGAGAAUUUUAUUGUGCUCGAAGCCAGGAAUGAAUCUGGUGGCCGGCUUUACAGUCGCAAUUUUGCCGGGCAUAAGAUUGAGGUCGGCGCCAACUGGGUUCACGGACCGGGAGGGCUGGAAACCGGAAAUAUCAAUCCCAUGUGGACUAUGGUUGAACGGGCGGACUUGAAAAGAGUGAAGACCAACGAGGAGGACAGGUCCGUGUAUCCUAAACAAAGCGAAACAGCCGUCGUAGCCGCCCUAAAGAGCGCCAAGGUCGCCACUGAUAAGGUGUUGGUUGACGCCGUCGAUAUCCUGAAGAAUAAUCGCCAGGAUCGGACAUUCCGAGCCGGCCAGCGCCUUCAGCACUGGGAUCCGGCGAAGAAUGACCCGGCUGGACAACUGGCCGAUUGGUGGGCCUGGGAUUGGGAGGCUGCAUCUCCACCAGAAGAGAAUUCGGAAGUUUUUGGCGCUAUAUCUACGAUCGCCACCUACGAAUACUUUUCAGAGGGUGACUGGUUUAUCUGUGAUAACGCUGGAUUCGUUUCUGCAUUUCGGAGAAAUGUGAGCGCCGUCCUCAAUGGACCGGCAGAUCGUGUUCGCUUCAACAACAAAGUCACCAAGAUCAAGCACAGUUCAAACGGGGUCACCGUUACCAGUGAUAAGGGAUGCGUCAAUGCCAAAUAUGCUAUUGUCACCUUCUCCCUAGGAGUGCUACAGAGAGGACACGUCGAAUAUGACCCGCCCCUGCCACCUUGGAAAGCUCAAGGCAUCGCCGGCUUUGAAAUAGGCACAUACACCAAGAUCUUCCUCAAGUUCAAGAGCAGUUUCUGGGACAAAAAGCAAUUCCUUAUGUGGGCAGAUCCCCAUGUUCGCGGCAAUUACCCCGUGUUCCAGCCGUUGGAUAUUCCCGGGUUGUAUGAGAACUCUAAUAUUCUUGUGGCCACGGUGACCGGAGAGCGUUCUUACCGCGUCGAGUCUCAGACGAACGAAGAGACAAAGCAGGAGCUUCUUAAGGUGCUUAAGCACAUGUAUGGUGAAAGGGUCUCAGAAUUGGAAGAAAUAUACUAUCCGAGAUGGAGUACGGAAGAUUGGUCCUACGGAUCCUACUCCUACUGGCCACCAUCUACAAGCCUGCAAGAACAUCAGAAUCUCCGCGCCAAUGUCGACAGCGUCUUCUUUGCCGGUGAAGCCACCAGCCAGGAGUUCUUUGGCUACCUGCACGGGGCCUAUUACGAGGGCAAACACGUGGCCGAGUUCCUGGCACCCUGCCUCAAUAUGGACCCGGAUGUACCAUGGUGUCAAACGGCAAACUAUCAGGUGCUGACAGGGGUUACGCCGUAUGACUUGUAUAAUCCAGUCAAUGGCUGGUAUAUUUACAAUGACAAAGUACCUGGCCAUGACUGA